AUGUCGUCGUCUCAGACUUUGACGACGUCGUUGAUGAGGCAUACACCUCAUGAGCCGGCGCCGGAGAGGUCUGCGUACGAUCUCGGCGACCACUCGCGGGAUAUCCCCAAUGACAUUGAUGCGUCGAACAAGCCCGGCCGUGACCACAUCCAGAAGGCGCAGAACACCUUUUCCGCUCUGUCGUAUGACUAUAAAAAACAAACCGAUCGUGAAAAGCAGAACGCGGCAAGCGCUCUCCUCGCCCAACUCUUCGCCAAUGGGACCCCCGCGACUGAACCACCACAAGGACCCCCGCAAAUCGAACACAUACUGGAAGAUCUGCCACCAGACAGAGCUCCUGCUCCCGAAAAGCUGUGGGAAAUAUCGGAGGCUCAGGCGGAGAACGGUGUGAAUGGUACAAAUGGAGUGACUGAACCUGUGUUGGAGGCCGCUUCGGGAAUGAACCAAGGACUGAUUGAGGGUUCGAAAACGGACAGAGAUAUGCUUACGGAUGUCUUUCAAGGAACCCAAAGUGAAAAUAUGCCGAAGGAGCUGAGUACCAAUUCCGGCACAAUACAAAGCCACAACAGCAAGGUGGAGGACGAGUUGGAAGAUCUUUGCUCCGGGCUGCUACCCCUGGCGACACCGAAAAAUGCGAAGGAGGCCCUGCGACAGAACGAAUUGCUCACUGACUCUUAUUUUAAUGCUGACAUCCAUUCUGGCCCAACACCACGUAUUGUCAACUAUCCCGAACCCCCAUCGCACGGCGAUAUGGAAAAUUCUCAAGCUGCGCCGGAGUCUGUUCCGGGAUCUGAACCCCGUAUCCAGGCCUUCGCGAAGUUGGAAUUCGACGAUGGACAUUUUUACGUUAAUACCUACUCAUUUAUCCUAGGUCGUGAUGUCCGUGCUGCGCGUGCUGCAUUCCAGCGGGAGCUCCAAGUUAGACAAGCCAGAGGUCAAAGCUCAAGCGGAGGAAACAAGUCAUUCACUCCGAACAGGGUAAAGCAUGAUGGAAGUGCUAUAAUGGGUAGCGUUGUUAGCGAUAGAGGAGGAAUUAUGGGCUUCGAUCCUGACGUUCCUCAACAAUUCCCGCCCCAAGUUAGUUGGAAAUCAUCCAAUUCAUCACACGGCGAACAACGACGCCCCACGUUACACAUGUCCGCUGCGGAAGUGCCUCCUACUCCGCUCGAAACACCAGAAGUAACUAAGGACUACAACGCUCUCGCGAUGCAGUCAUUACGUUCUAAAAAUGACCCUAAACCGGUCGAUACGUUGUCAUUAUUACCUUCUCCGGAUGCCUGUCCAACAAUACCAAUACACCCUCCAACACAAUCAAAUGGAACCGUCGCCUCCCACCGCGGCAUUUCUCGAAAACAUGUCAAAAUUGCCUACAAUUUUGAUCGGAAUCUGUUUGAAAUGGAGGUUAUCGGGAGAAACGGCGCAUUCAUGGGCGCGGAUUGGCUCGCACCAGGCCAAGUGAGGCCCCUCCAUAGUGGCGACUUCAUUCAAAUCGGUGGAGUCCGAGUGAGGUUUGUCCUUCCUGACGUUCCGGUUGGUGAAACUGGGGCAGAGCAGGAUGAACCGUCGGUAGCUGAUGAAAAUGAAGAGGAGGCGAUUGCUCGAAAAGAGGCCCAGACGGCUGGAGCUGGUAGUGAUGCAGAGGUCUGUAAUAUGGACACAGAUGGCUCAGAGCUUAGUGGGGUGGAAGAUCGAUCACAGCCAAAGAAAUCGGGCAAUGAAUCUCGAUCGAAGUCGAAACCUUCACUGGAGGUUAGCCCAGAAGCUUCGCCACAACCCGUACGUCGUCGUGGGCCUGGUCGGCCACCCAAAGACGGAAUCAUGUCCAAACGAGAGCGUGCUGAAAUAGCCAGAGAACAGAAGCUGGCUGCCAAACGCGAAGCGAACGGUGGAGUGACGCCUCCUCCUACGUCAUCCCGUGGUAAGACCGGUAAAGCUGGCAAGGAUUCCGGCCAAGAUGAUCCUUCAAGCGCGAAGGCAGAGAAACGAAAAUACACGAAACGCAAGAAACCUGAUUCAACUCCUACUGAUGCGGUUAUGCCGUCGAUUGAAGGCGGUGAUGUAAAUGCUAUCAUCGGUGUUGAGGAUCUCCCCAAGCCGACACCUGUGAAAAAACGAAAACCAUCAAAAUCUCCCUCGCCUGAUUACCCCCCGGAGAGUUUCUAUACAAGCGAGGACCUUGCGAAACCUCCAUAUCCCUAUGGGGUUCUGAUUUUUGAUGCCCUUACUGAGUCUCAGACCCCCAUGACUCUGAAACAAAUAUAUCGCGCACUGAAGCUUAAGUACCCGUACUUCCGAUUUAGAUGUGAAACUGAGGGUUGGACAUCAAGUGUUCGUCAUAAUCUUAACGGGAAUGCGCACUUAUUUGAGCAUGCGGAAAGGGAUGGAAAAGGAUGGUCGUGGAGGCUCACACCAGGAGGGUCUGUUGAUAAAGAAAAGAAAAGGAGACCAUCGCCCCCUCCUCCUUUACAAAGUACCUCAAAUGCUACCCAAAAUCCUGGGGGUAACCAAACAUACCUAGCGCCAACACCAGGCACUCAGUUCAAUGACUCCCGUCCAAGCAUGCCCGAACGUCAUAAUUCGUUUCCGUUCCCCUACCCUCCUGCAGGGAACAAUCAGUCCGCGGUGGGAGGAGGUGCAGCACGGUCACAUAAUAGUCCCUACUCCGUGCCGAACCCUGUUGCUCAAUUCUCACUUCCAAAUGUAUUGCGUAAUAACCUCCCACCAACAUUUGCAGCUCCUACCACCUCGACGUAUCGGUCUCCGUAUGCCUCUGCACCACCACCAGAAAUAUUACAAGCGCAAAAACAGCAGCAGCAGCAACGUCCUCCACCAACACUGCAUCAAACACAGCAGCAGCAUCUGCCCUCGUCUUCUCAGCCGCAGCAACUACAGCAACAACCUCAGCAACCUCAAAAUUCUCAACAAUCCCAACAACCGUCACAACCAAACCAACAGACUCAACCUCAGCUUCAAAAUCAACACCAACAACCUCCACCGCCGCAAAAUCGACCGCCUCCACCUGAACAAUACAAAUUCCUCAACCAUACUCCACGCCCGCCACAAAAUGCUCUACCGCCGUCCUCUAAUCAUACUUCUGCCAACCCCCUUUCGCCACCUAAUACGAAUCCUCCACUGCCGCAAUACCAGCCUCAGCCUCAACCGCCCCCUCCAGCCCAACAUCCUCCCCACAUUCAUAGCCAACAACAACAACAGCAAGGAUCACCGGCGCCACCAGCGUCGAGCCAACCCACCCAGCUUCCUCCACCACCCCCAGAGCCCGAACCAUCGUUCCUUGAUAGAGCAAAUCAAGCCAUUGAUAAUUUUGAAGCAGUACUCAUGGAAGACUACGAAGAUAAAGAAUACAUUUCCAAAGUCCUUCGAAGUGCUCGCGACCGCGUGCUCAAUAGGGCUACUGAAAGUUCCUUCCCUGGUGGGGAGCCACCUUAG